AUGGGCAGCACCCUGGCAGCCCCACCUACCCCCCUCAUCCACAGCAUCCUCACCAUCCUCAUGACCCUCGACACCCGUACGAUCCUAGGCACUCACAACAUGAUCCUCGAGACCCUAGACAUGAUCCUCGAGACCCUAGACUCGACCCCCGGCUUGAUCCCCGGCUUGAUCCUCGGGACCCUAGACAUGAUCCUCGACUCGAUCCCCGGGAUCUCAGACAUGAUCCGCGGGACCCUCGGCAUCAACCUCAUGAUCCCCGACACCCUCAAAACCAUAUGUCUGGGUUAUCUUGUCCCGUAUGCAGUCCCACGAACGGAAAGCCCGCCAUCACCAGCUGAGCCAGAGAGACCUCGUGAGAAAACUGAGGAGGAAAAGCGCGAGGAAGAACGUUGGGCAAGGCUUCAAGAAGAGAAGAAAUUGAGGGAGGAAAUGAUCGAACAGGAAAGGAAGUGGCAUCAAGAGAAGAUAGACCGCCAGAAAAAGGAGGAAGAGGAGGCGGCGGCCAAGGCUGCUGCUAAGGUCGCUGCUGAAGAAGCCAGGGUCGCUGCUGAGAAGGCUAGGAUCGAGGCAGAAGAAGCUGCAGAGGUUGCUAGAAAGGCAGAGGAGGAGGCAAAAGCAAAGGCAGAGGCAGAGGCCGCUGCGGCUGAGAGAGCUCUUGCGGAGAAACUAGAACAAGCCACCGCUGCGGCGGCGGCGGCAGCAGCAGCAGAAGCGACCAGGGUAGCGGAAGAAAAGGCUGCUGCAGCUGCUGCAGAUCUUGCGGAAAAGCUGGAACAGGCUACUAAGGCGAAGGCUCGAGUGAAGCCCAAGCCAGUCAAGUUCCGCGAUGCUGUUGGGAGGAAAUUCUCGUUCCCAUUUGAGCUUUGCAAAAAGUGGAGUGGUAUGGAAGAGCUUAUUAAACAAGCAUUUCUUCACGUCGAGGUCAUUGGACAGCAUGUCAUUGACGGCCACUAUGAUCUUCAUGGACCUGAUGGUGAAAUCAUUCUACCACAGGUUUGGGAUUCGGUGAUCGAGCCUGACUGGAGCAUCACUAUGCACAUGUGGCCAAUGCCCGAGCCUGAACCCGAACCAGCUCCACCACCACCUCCGCCCGCUCCCGAACCUGUGGUUGAGGAGCCACCCCCACCACCACCUCCUCCACCAGCGCCGGAGCCGGAGCCAGCCCCAGCCCCAGCCCCAGCCCCAGCCCCAGCUCCCGAGCCAGCGCCACCAACCCCUCCGCCUCCCCCACCACCAGCACCAGCACCGGCUCCGCCGCCUGCCCAUGUUGAGGUCGUGGUUCUUGAGCGACCCGUGGUGGAUAUUGUUUCAGCUGAACCGGAGCCGGCGCCAUCCCCACCACCACCACCGCCUCCGCCACCCCCUCCCGUCAAUGUUGUAAUCCAAACUCGCACUGAAACAGUUACAGAGAGGGUCAGAUCAAAACCGGCGAAUAUCCCGCCCCUUCUUAUGUGGACUGCAGGUCGUUAUGGAUCCAAGAAGGGGAGAAGGUGA